AUGCUGACUGCUGAGAGACACUGGCCACCGGGCCCCUCAGCCUCCCCGCUCCUGACCUUGGCCCUGACAUUUCUGGUCCUGGGAACCGGGUGGGCCCAGGAGGGGGCAGACCCUGUCCUCCUGGAAGGUGAGUGCCUGGUGGUCUGUGAGCCUGGCCGAGCUGCUGCAGGAGGACCUGGGGGGGCUGCUCUGGGGGAGGCGCCCCCUGGAAGAGUGGCAUUUGCUGCAGUCCGAAGCCACCACCAUGAGCCUGCAGGGGAAAUCAGCAAUGGCACCAGUGGGGCCAUCUACUUCGACCAGGUCCUGGUGAAUGAGGGUGGUGGCUUUGACCGGGCCUCAGGCUCCUUCGUGGCACCUGUCCGGGGAGUCUACAGCUUCCGUUUCCACGUGGUGAAGGUGUACAACCGCCAGACUGUCCAGGUGAGCUUGAUGCUGAACACAUGGCCUGUCAUCUCAGCCUUUGCCAACGACCCUGAUGUGACCCGGGAGGCGGCCACCAGUUCUGUGCUACUGCCCCUGGACCCUGGGGACCGGGUGUCCCUGCGCCUUCGUCGGGGGAAUCUUCUUGGUGGCUGGAAGUAUUCAAGCUUCUCUGGGUUCCUCAUCUUCCCACUCUGA